AUGAUUUCUAAAGAAGAAAUUAUACGAAGUGAAUAUCCGCUACACUGGGCAGUUUUUCGGAACGAUUUUCAAGAUUUAUCACGUCGAACACCGCUGAUGUUGGCUGUUACAGUUGGUCAUUUGGAAUGUGCUCGUAUUUUAUUAGAGAGAGGUGCGGAUGCUACUUUGCAAAGUGCAGAUUUUUGGUCAGUUAGCCAGGAAGCUAUAUGUUUGGGUAAUCAUGAUUUUUUGCAAUUAAUAUUAAAAUAUCGAGAUUAUCAACGUGCUCUGAAAAGAAAUUUAGCUAUGGAACGAUUAUUAAACUUGCUCAAGGAAACCGAUGAUUUUUAUGCUGAAAUGAGUUGGGAAUUCACCAGUUGGUUACCAUUAGUCAGUAAAAUGUGCCCAUCAGAUACAUAUAAGAUUUAUAAAAGAGGAUCUGAUGUUCGAAUCGAUACAACUUUAGUUGGUUUUGAUUCUUCAUCUAAUUGGAAACGUGGAAAUCAAACAUUUAUGUUUCGUGUUACUGAUAAUAACCAGCCAGAAAUUAUUAUUAUCGAUCAUACUUCAAAAACGGCAAUGAUUCAGUUGAUGGUCACCAGUGACAACAUAGCUGAUUAUGAGCCAUCAUAUGCUAAUAUCUGCUCACGUUUGUCUUCGCCCGUUGAAGUUACAUACGUUGAUGUGGAUAAAAUUGGUUUCGAACGAAUUCGUACGAAUGGGUUUUUCUCUUGGUUAACAUCAUCUAAUCUAACCGAAACGAUUAAUGGGUAUGAGUGUAAGGUCUUUAAUGCGAGCAACGUUGAAUUAAUCACGAAAACACGUGUGGAACACUUAUCAGAACAAGAUAAAGAGAGGUACAAACAGGAGGAAAAUAGCAGUGCUUUAAUGGCUGUUUUAAAACUAGUGGAAAAUCGACAAGAAUGUACUGAUGAAAUGAAACGUACUGGUAGUGAUGUUUACUGCGGUCUAACAUCGUUGCAAUAUUUGGAUAAAGAAUAUAAUAUGGAUGGUUGCGAUAUCGGUAAGCCUAAGCAGGUAUAUAAAAAAUCAAAUUCUUUUCGUGCUACAGUUUGGCUUUGUGAUCAAUAUCCUUUAGAUUUGCAGGAACAAGUUAUGCCAAUUAUUGAUUUAAUGUCUGUCAAUAACGCACACUUUGUACGCUUGAAGAAUUUUAUUCAAUUACAGUUGCCCGCCGGUUUUCCCGUAAAAGUCGAAAUUCCUUUAUUCCAUGUAGUUAGCGCGCGGAUAACAUUUGCAAACGUUAAUAAACUGGGAACAUUUGUUUCACCUUUUAUUAAUGAUCAAGUAACAAUUGAUGGAAAAGCCUUUGAAAUUCCGUCAGAUUACCAUAUAUCUGUUGGAGAUGAUUUUUCCAUGUAUAGUUCGUGUUUGGCAACGAAAUUCGCAAACCCCAGUGGACAGAUUGCAAGGCGACAAAUACCAGAAGAUGAACUAUAUUUACAAUUUGCUCUGGAACAAAGCCUAAGAGAAGCUACUUGGAAUGAUUUUACUGUGGAAAAUAGGGACGACAUGUCAAGUAUUGGUUCAGCAUAUGAUAGAGAUUUAGCAUUAGCAAUUGAAGAAAGCAUCAGAUGCUUAAGAUUGGAGUUAUCUCGAUCUGGUGUCAGCCUUUCCCCUGAAUUUCCGGAUGAUGAAUUUAAUCGCGUCUUACGAUUAUCUGAAGAAGAAUGUGAACAAAGACGUCGAAAUCAGCUGGAACAGGACGAAGAACUUGAAAGAGUCCUCCAACUUUCAUUGAUCGAAAAAUAA